AUGGCGGGUCGGACGACUCGCGCCCGGCUAUUCCUCAUUUUCGUGGCCUUUGUUUUUUCCGCGAGGGCCUCUUCUGCAUCGGCUGCGCAGCCUGGCAGUGACCGUGUUUCUUCCUUUCCCUGCAAUCCCAACGCGGGACCGUCGUCUUCGACCGACUCCAGUAAAGAACCCACGCAGCCACCGAGCGAAAGAGAACCGUCUAGCAGCGGCGAUGUUUCUGCUGUCGACGCCUCUGUUCCAGCAAAGCCUGUCUCUUCGUCGAGGACUCUCUUACCUGCAGAUGAGGAAAUAGAGUCGAGUUCGACAGCUCUUUCUUCUGCUUCUCCUCACGCUCCUCACGAAGGACCUUCUGAUAGAAGCGUAAAUCUUCAGUCUUCUUGGCAGCCGCAUCACUCCACUCCUCGCCGUGCUUCCUCGCUCCUUGGGAACCAACGGUGGCUGCGCGGGAGUCACUUUGUCUCCCCUUCCGGCGUUUCCUUCUCAGCACUGGAAAACGCGAGUGCACUUGAACCGGCUCUGGCGCGUCUUGUGGCGAAGUGGGCAGUGCAGAACUCAGAAUUCGCGAUCGUUGCAGACUCGGUUUCUCUCCUCGAAGGCAAAGAAUGGGAUUACGGAUGUCCGGAAUUCACAUCGACUUGGAGUCGUUGCUCAGCGAGUUGUGGGAAGGGUCACCGGUUCCAAGUUGCGCAAGAGCGACGAGGAGACAGCUGUUCCACUUUCUUCUCUUCGCGCGGCUGUGUGGGCGUCUCAGGCUGCCCCACCCCACAAGAGAAAUGGAGUGCUUUGGGAGUGGCGAAGCCGCCGGAUGUGCCUGAACCCAUUUUCCUCGAACUUGGUGAAAAACUUCCCGAUGAAUCUACAUGGGAGUCAGAGGUCCUCGCGGAUGGUUCGGUGUACUUCACCUUUGAGACGGCGCCGUCGAGACGCCAUUUCAAGAAACGAAUUCUCUCAGAUACAGAAUGCGGUCUGGCGCUGCGAACGUUCUUCUACACCGGUCGGCAAAGACAGAAAGAGACUUCCGCGUUCGUCAACGAGUUCGUUUCAACUGGCGCGUACAUUCCUUGUCCAGGAGACGAGGAGGCGAUUCGGAGGAAAUCGAAUCCUCUCUCUCACCUGAUGGCCGGGCGGCCGGCGCCCAUUGCUCCAGCGCCUCGAACUGGAGGACGCGUUGCGGUGUAUCCAGAGACGCCGAGAGUGAUUUCCCUUGCUCCUCAAGAAAAUGAACUUUUCCAGUUCUUCAAAGAACGCGUUUUACAGUCCACCCCCGAUUUCGCUUCCCUGGGCCAUCAACUCAAACCCUCCACCUUCAGCAAAACGCACUUACCAAGUUGCCCGCACAUCGUCUCGACGCCGACAGUCUGUUCGACGCAGUGUGGGGUUGGCACGACUUUGUUUUUCCACGUUCAGCCCGAUGGUUUUAACUGCGGAACGGUCUCUGUUCUUUCUCACUGCGAAGCCAUUUCCGGAUGCCGAGAUCUGGCGAGCAAAUGGAAGGUUCUUCGGGUGACGCGCCCAGACUACAUGCCUCAGGCGAUUUUCGACGAACUCGGCGCUUUGCUCCCCGACGAGACGACGUGGGCGAGCGUGGAAAGUGAGGCGGGGAGGUGUUCGAUUUUUGCGACCCGCCACACGAGACGCUUUCGACGCGAAGGCGGAGAAAUUCUAGGCGAUCAAACACCCGGCGCAGCUGUGCGCGCGUACUUUCUGCGAGAGUUGCGACAGACGGCCCCGGGCAAAUUCGAGUGUGUCUCUCUUCUCGGCUUGACUGACGACGACAUUAUUCCGCCCAUCGACGAGGCGGCGGUUGAUUCAAUCCUUUUAGAGAAGCACAACGCGUUUCGUCGCCGGUACGGUGUCCGUCCGCUGGAGUUCAACAUGUCUCUGAAGAAAUUCGCCGAGUACUGGGCGUGGCGCCUAGAAGAAGAAGGUUGUUCGAUAAGGCAUUCUGAUCGAGAGACGCGAGUUGCCUAUAUGAACGCUCCAGAGUUCAACACCACGGGCGAAAACCUUUCCAUUUCGUGCACGCUGGGAUCGACCUCGUGGGCAGAUGUCCCCGCCGGCUGGUUCGAUGAAGUUCACUGCUACAAAUACGGAAGAACGGGAAAUCCGUGUGUGGCGCAGCCGCUGUCGAAGUGCAAUCCUGAGAGUCACGCGGAAGGCAUCAUGGUUGGGCAUUUCACGCAGCUGAUGAGUGACCGGUCUCUUUUCGGUGCAUGCGCGGUUCGCCAUUGUCGUCAGCCGUGCAAAUUGGGGGACAAGGCUGGCCAGAAAGUUCUGACGGUCUGCAACUACGCCGAAGGAGGAAACAUCGAGGGUACUUAUCCCUUUAGCCGGCGGGUGGCAGAGAAACUGGGAGAGAUUCACCCGGAAAUCUUUCAGGCAGCCGAGGACGAAGCCAGUCAGAAAGCGUGUCGGGUCACGCGGGACAUCUGGUCCCAAAAAAAUCCGUACAAGCCUUUUUAAAAUCGACUCGAGUGUCGCAAAGAGGGCGAGAGAGAGGCGCAGGGGGACCGCCUGCAGUGGCUUUUCCAACAAAGGCGCGUGGCAGGCGGGUUGCAUGUAGCUCCGAAGAAAGGACGGCGCGUUCGCCACUGGAGAGAGCGUCUUGCGCCUGGUACGUGUGGACAAGACUUGACUCUUCGAGAGUCCAGCCGCUACUGCGAGGAGUGAAUACUACGUACUCCCUGUAGACCUGUAAAGGCUCUUUUUCCAGUAUUUCGGGGUGUCUCGGAUCGAGAAAAGCGGAACGAGUGAAAACACGCGUCAGGCGUUUUGACAGGUGUCCCCGAUUAACAUACUCUUUUCUGCAAAGCGAGCGAAGGCAACGAAAGGGGAAAGAAGUACGUGUCGGUCGUUCCGAGCUUGUGCCGAAAGGGUUUAGAGAAGUACAAGCACGUAGACCCAGCAGUUUGGAAUCAACGAGCUCACGGGGUCUCUGACGCAUAGAGGCGGCGUGGCAGUAAAGACGUCUGCACGCGGCGAAUUCUUGGCUAGGAACAGACAGUGCAGAGCUGUGUGUUUCUCUUAUGAAGAAGGGUUUAGACAUCGAGGAAUCCACGCAUUUUCCCAAAGUGCGGACAGGCACAGAAACAAAGAGGUUCCGGUUCAACCCAAGAACUGUAAGGGGACGAUCUCCGUGUGAUGGCAUACACCGGAAAAGUCUAUACAGAUAAAAACGUAGCAGAAUGGAUUUUCUACACGCGCCGGACGUUUCUUUCCUUCCAAGUUUUCCGUCUUCGGUCGCUGUCGAAAAUGGUUGUUUUUGUGCCGACUUGAAGUGUCUCGUCAUUGUUCGGCACACAUUCCGCAGGAAUACUUGUUCGUUCAUGGUGCACUCACGUUCAUUUGAAGAGCAGCUCAGCUGCAGACAGAUUCGGUUCCACGAACAGGGCGGGGAAUGCCACACUCCAGUACGGCGAACCCGUGUGCAUGCUGAUCCAUGAGGUAUUCCACUGAAUCGGCAGUGGAGGGGCUCAUGCCUCGAAGGUAGGGAUGGGCGACAACUCACAUUGAGGUUCUGCGUUUAUAUGGAUGUAUAUGAAUGUGUAUGUGGACACCUCUAGUAUGUGAAAGGCUGGCGUUCGAAUGUACAGAAGCACAGUGGUAUCUGUGGUGUGCAUGCCUUUGUUUGGGUUUGGGUAUGUUUGUAUAUGCAAAAGAAUGUAAAUGUAGACAUGUUGACCUAACCGUCGCAGUCUCCCUGUUAGGGAAUUCCGUUAUUC